AUGUCCAGCACAGAUUCCCCUCUCCAACCACCAGCACCCUUUCCUGAUUUCGAAUUCACGUUCGAUCCAGCAAUGUCCAACGUUUUCCCAAAUCCCCCACCGUUGCCCUCGUCUGCCGAUUUGUUUUCCCCCUCUGAAACCACAGACCUGCUCGGCUUCCUCGAUGGCUUCAAUUGGGACAUCGAGAACGACGACGCCUCCUCAGCGUACCCAAAUCAUCGUCUGCCGAAUCCCCCAGCACCGUACACGAACCCACAUCUCCAUACUUCGCCAAAUCCCUCGGCCGCUGGCGUCAGAAUAUCAUCGCGCUCGGCCUCGUCCAAUUUGAGCCGCUUGGGACCUAUCGAUGAUCAACAUAAACUUGGGGCGGCUCAGAGUGCCGUGUCAGAUACAUCAUCCACUUCGUCCAACACCGCAGGCCCCAGCCACCAGAGAUCUACCUCUGCGUCGUCAGCAGCAGCACGCGCGAAGCCUUUACUUUCAACACCGCAGAAACGAUUAAACCAUAUUAUGUCAGAACAGAAACGACGCAACGCCAUCCGCGACGGCUACGCGCAGCUCAUCGCCCUCCUUUCACCCGCUGGGUCAGCGCACGGCAUUGGUAUGCCUACGAGAGGCCGUCCGAAAGGCAGUGGCAGCCGCGGGAAAGGUCGCAGCAAAGGGAAGAGUGGCGUGCUUUUCCGCGCCGUUGAAUACUGCCGAUUCCUCGAGGAGGGGCGAGACGCGCUUCGAGAAGAGGUCCGGCGGGUUGAGGCUGCUGCUGGCAUCAAUCAACAAUGA